UCCGGUUCAAUAAGGGAGGCUGCCGGGUGCACGCCUCCUCCUCCUCCUUCUGAGCAGCGGCCUUUGCUCGUCCUGCAGCCCACGUGGCUUUGCCGGCGCCCUUCCAGAACCGAAUUCUAAGCAGGUCAGGCUUAUGUGGACUGGAUGCAGCUGCAGUGAGUCUGUCUUUCUUUACUACUGGAUUAAAGCCAUAGCCACUUCUUGAACCAUCAUAAAGCUACACAGGAAUUUGAUCCCAACUGCCAAACUCUGCUCUGCUUCUGUUGCAUCUACCUUGCAAUAAGGAAAAGGAUUCAUUUAUUUACAUAACAUAUCUAUGUAGCCUCCUAUCUUACAACUAACUGGGUGGCUUCCAAUGAAAAAUUGUUCCAUCUAAAGUUAACAUCCCAGGGUUGCCAUUUCAGCAUCAUGCCCAAGAAAGGAGGAAGACGAGCUAGAAUAGAGAAGAAACCAGAUUUGCCAAGCAAGCUAGCAAAAACAGAAGCAGUCAGUCCUUUGCUUUGGAAAUAUGACAAUCCAGAGAGCUUAUUUGAAAGUUUGAUUUCUCCUGUCAAAGAAGAUGAAUUUUUUAGAGAAUAUUGGGAACAGAAGCCACUGUUGAUUCAGAGAGAUGAUUCCUUCGUGGCAUCGUAUUAUCAGUCUCUCUUUCAGUUAACUGACUUGAAAGACCUAGUCAAACUAGGCUUGUAUUAUGGAAAAGACAUCAAUAUAUGUAGAUGUACGAAUGGCAAAAAACUUAUUUUUAAUAAAGAUGGAAAAGUAACCUAUACACAACUGAAGAAAGAUUUUGAUCAGAAAAAGGCUACUGUACAGUUUCACCAGCCACAGAGAUUUAAGGAUGAGCUCUGGAGGAUACAAGAAAAAUUGGAAUGUUACUUUGGCUCAUUGGUUGGAUCUAAUGUUUACAUCACUCCUCCUGGAUCCCAAGGCCUACCUCCACACUAUGAUGAUGUUGAGGUAUUUAUCUUACAACUUGAAGGAGAGAAACACUGGCGACUCUACCGCCCAACUGUAUAUCUAGCUCAAGAAUACAAUGUUGAACCUGAAGAGAAAAUUGGAACACCAACUCAUGAUUUCAUAUUAAAGCCAGGAGACAUGCUGUAUUUUCCAAGAGGAACAAUUCAUCAAGCUGACACUCCUCUUGGAACAUCUCAUUCUACUCAUAUUACCAUUAGCAUGUAUCAGAACAACUCUUGGAGAGAUUACUUACUGGACAUGGUUCCUGGACUUCUUUUAGAUAUAGCAAAAGAAGAUGCUGAAUUUCGAAAGAACAUUCCAAGGCAAUUGUUAAUGAAAAUGGAUUUAUCGGAUUCAUCCAAGCACUUAAGUAGCUUCCUGAAACGCCUUGAAGGUCAUUUGGAAAACGGGAGGAAACUGAGAUCAUCUUAUAUGAAAAAAGAUUUUAUUACGAGCAGAUUACCUCCGUUUAUUGGAACUAAUUUGGAUUUUCUCACUCCAGAUGGAACACUACCAAAAAUAGACAGCACAAUCAGGUUAAAGUUUAAAGACUACACAAUAAUUACAACAGAAUCAGAACAAGAUCUUCUGAACGAUUCAGUCAAAGAAAUGGUUUUUGUUUAUCACUGCUUAAAGAAUAAAAGGCAGAUCCAUAUGAUGGGGAAUGAGAAUAUGAACGAGGAAGAAAUAGCAGAGGCACAUGGAUUACGAUUUCCUCUCUCUCACAUGGAUGCACUGAAGCAAAUAUGGAGCUGUGAAACUGUUUGCGUUAAGGACCUUAAUCUUGGUUCAGAAGCAGAAAAAGAGAACUUAGUGAUAUCAUUGUGGACUGAAUGCCUUGUUGAAGUAAUCUAAAGAUAGAUUCUCAUCAUGGUUAAGAAACUUUAUAUAUUUUGGAUUUGUGUAGAGGAGUGUAUGAAUAUAAAUCACCUUAAUGAAUAAGGACUCGAUAAUCAGGCAAAGCAUAUUACAUAGAAAUUAUUCAUAAAAGGCUCUCAUAUAGUCUUAGGCAUUUAGUAAGAUUGUGAAACAUCUGAUUCUUUUCAAGAUGCCUGAAAGUUAUGAAUUUAGGCAUACGAAUCUGAAAUAUGAGCAGGACUCUUACCUGAUUUCUUAAUGUGCAAAAUAAGAACACACUGGAGAUACUAAAUAUAGUUGUGGUCAGUGAUGAGUUUAUACAGAAAGUUGUUUGUGUUACUUAAAUUUGCUUCCUUAAAGUGUCAUCUGAUAUUGUGACUAGUGGUGUUCUUUGAAUGAAGCCAAGACAGUUCUUAUAAACAUCUUGCAGUAUAAUAAAUUUCUUCAAAUGAAGAAAAUUCUACAAUUUGUUUAGCAUCCUGUUUUGUGUCCAUGAAUAUCAGAAGCAGCAUUUUACUGUACAUGUAAGCUCAUGAGCAGGAGAAUGAAAAUUAUGGCUCUUAAGUUUCUUUUCCUUUUUAACCCAGGUACCAAUGCGGAAAUAUAUGGAGAGUGUUUGAUUGCUUUUUCAUUGGGUGGAAGCCUUUUCACAAUAUUCUCUGCAAUUUUGAAUCUGUACAUAUAUUUUAGUCUUAAGUUCCAAGCCACCAAUAUCUUCUCCCUUUUUCUUCUUCAAUAUGCGUGUUACUUUACUGAAAAAGUUGGUUUGAAAAAUAUA